CACCCAUCCCACCUCUUGGAAUCUAUUCGUCCCAAAAAAUGCUCUCCGAACCUAAUAUCUUCCAAGAGGCCAAGAAUCAAAUGUGGGCUCAUCAGCUAUAGCACUCUCCCUCAUGUGCCCUCGAUUGCUCGUCUGCCGUCGGCGGUGAGGUACUGUUGUGUAGCAGCGACGUCGUCUAUCAGGUACUGUUCUCUCCUCUGGAGCUGAGUAGUUAAAUCCUUCGUUCCAGAUCGACACCGUACAGCGAUUGGGUACGCUCAAUCCAGAUCGAAAUCCGUAGGGGGUGAGCGAAUUAGGCAACUAUGUUUCUGAUGGUUAAAAUUGGUUUCUGAAUUUAUCACUUGUCUUUCGGAUGGAAGUAGCCUCUGCUAACAUUGAGCUAGUACCAGAUGGUGAGUGCAAUGAGAUUGUAACUGAUAGAGAUGGUGUCCUGACAGAAUUAGAUGUUCAAAAUGGUGUCCUUGAAGGAAGAAAGGAAUUUGUUGCCCCCGCUGUUGGAAUGGAAUUUGAGUCUUAUGAUGAUGCUUAUAAUUAUUACAACUGCUAUGCUAAGGAAGUGGGAUUUCGUGUUAGAGUGAAGAAUUCAUGGUUUAAGAGGAACAGUAGAGAGAAGUACGGUGCAGUACUUUGUUGCAGCAGCCAGGGUUUCAAAAGAAUUAAGGAUGUAAACCGUUUAAGAAAAGAAACAAGAACUGGCUGUCCUGCAAUGUUAAGGAUGAGGUUAGUGGACUCCAAGAGGUGGAGGGUACUUGAAGUUACACUUGAACAUAACCAUUUGUUAGGUGCUAAGAUCUACAAAUCAAUUAAGAAGGUGGGAAGUGGAAUGAAAAGGAAGUCACAGUCAAGUUCAGAUGCAGAAAAACGAACAAUUAAGUUGUACCGAGCACUUGUGAUAGAUUCAGGGGGCGAUGGGACCUCAAAUUCUAAUCCAACAGAUAUCAGGAAUUUUCCUGACCAUCCCAAUCAGUUGAACCUUAAGAAAGGUGACACACAAGCAAUCUAUAACUAUCUUUGCCGAAUGCAGUUGACUAAUCCGAACUUCUUUUACUUGAUGGACCUCAAUGAUGAUGGGCGGUUAAGGAAUGUGUUCUGGAUGGAUGCUCGGUGUAGGGCAGCCUGUGGUUAUUUUGCUGAUGUGAUAUACUUUGACAACACAUAUUUGUCAAAUAAAUAUGAGAUCCCACUUGUGGCAUUUGUAGGGAUAAAUCACCAUGGGCAGACAGUAUUGCUUGGUUGUGCCCUGCUUGCUGGGGAGACGACAGAAUCUUAUACUUGGUUGUUCAGAGCUUGGCUUACAUGUGUAUCAGGACAUUUUCCACAAACAAUUAUUACUGACAGGUGCAAGGCCUUACAGAGUGCAAUUGCAGAGGUAUUUCCAAGAUGUCAUCAUCGUUUUGGUUUGUCACACAUCAUUAAAAAAGUUCCAGAAAAAUUAGGAGGAUUGCGCAACUAUGAUGCCAUUAGGAAGGCAUUGAUUAAAGCAGUUUAUGAAACUCUGAAGGUGAUUGAAUUUGAAGCAGCAUGGGGAUUCAUGAUUCAGCGUUUUGGGGUUGGUGAUCAUGAGUGGCUUCGUUCUUUAUAUGAAGACCGAUUUCGGUGGGCUCCAGUUUAUUUGAAAGAGACAUUUUUUGCUGGAAUGUCGGCUGCACGUCCAGGUGAAACCUUAAGUCCAUUUUUUGACAGAUAUGUGCACAAACAAACUCCACUGAAAGAAUUUCUUGAUAAGUAUGAAUUGGCUCUGCAAAAGAAGCAUAAGGAAGAAGCUCUUGCGGAUAUUGAGUCACGAAGCUCGAGUCCCAUUUUAAAAACAAGAUGUUCCUUUGAGUUCCAGCUUUCAAAAGUUUACACCAGGGAAAUUUUCAAGAAGUUUCAAUUUGAAGUGGAGGAAAUGUAUUCUUGUUUUAGCACUACACAGUUACACAUUGACGGGCCAAUCAUCAUAUUCUUGGUCAAGGAGCGUGUUGUGGUUGAGGGAAAUAGGCGAGAGAUUAGAGAUUAUGAAGUUCUGUACAACAGAACAGCAGGUGAGGUUCGUUGCAUUUGCAGUUGCUUUAACUUCUACGGGUAUUUAUGUCGACAUGCAUUGUGUGUGCUUAAUUUUAAUGGAGUGGAGGAGAUCCCUUCCAAGUACAUUUUGUCGCGAUGGAAAAAGGAUUUCAAGCGUAUAUAUAUUCCAGAUCACAGCUCCGGUAAUGCUGAUGACACCGACCGCAUGCAAUGGUUCAAUCAGUUAUAUAGAAGUGCCUUGCAAAUUGUAGAGGAAGGUGUGAUUUCUCCUGACCAUUACAAGGUAGCAUUGCAAGCAUUUGAAGAGUCAUUGAAUAGGGUUCAUGAUGUAGAGGACAAACACGAAUUCAGUUCGAUCGGACUAAGCCACUUUGUACGUCACGCGCCACUUUCCUUGCUGAGCGAGUGUACUUGCCGAUUUUCCGGAAACUCUCCCGCGACUCUCCGAUCAGAUAUGGAUGAAGUUUCACUGAACACGGAGCCAGCGGGCGAUGAUGAUGCUGAUGAAUUUGAGAUUGAAGGAGACUGUGCAAUGACAGAUUUUAUCAGUCAAACUGGCAUUAUUCAAGGAGAGAACCCUCUCCCUCCUGUUGUUGGAAUGGAAUUUGAUUCUUAUGAGGAUGUGUAUUACUUCUACAAUUGUUAUGCCAAGCAACAGGGAUUUGGGGUUAGGGUAAGCAAUACAUGGUAUAGAAAGAGCAAGGAAAGAUACAGAGGAAAACUUAGCUGCAGUAGCGCAGGUUUCAAAAAGAAGAGUGAAGCAAAUCGCCCAAGGCCAGAAACUAGAACCGGUUGUCCAGCAAUGAUAAAGUUUAGGUUAAUGGACUCAAACAGGUGGAGAGUUAUUGAAGUUGAGCUUGAGCACAACCACUUGAUUAGUCCAGCAAGUGGAAAAUUUUAUAAAUCUCACAAGAGCGUAGGUGUUGGAACUAAAAGAGCGUUGCAGUUAGAUACUGCUGAAGAAGUGCAAAAGAUCAGGCUAUUUCGAACAGUCAUCAUUGAUUCUGAGGGUAAUGGAAGCAUAGAUGUUGAUGAAGGAGAAUCUGGGAAUAGAGUUGACUACUCCAAUCAAUUGAAGCUUAAAGAAGGAGAUGCCCAAGCAGUUCAGAUUUACUUUUCUCGCUUGCAGUUAAUGGAUCCAAACUUCUUUUAUGUGGUGGAUCUAAAUGAGAAAGGAUGCUUGAGAAAUUUGUUCUGGGCUGAUGCGAGGACAAGGGUUGCUUACAGUUAUUUCUGUGAUAUAGUUGCCAUUGACACUACAUGUUUGGAAAACAAGUUUGAAGUCCCGCUGGUGUCAUUUAUUGGAGUAAAUCAUCAUGGACAAUCUGUGCUGCUAGGCUGUGGUUUACUUGCAAGUGAGACAGUUGAAUCCUAUACAUGGUUGUUUAGAGCUUGGCUUACAUGCAUACUGGGACGCCCUCCUCAAGCGAUCAUUACCAGUCAAUGCAGAACAUUGCAAACUGCCAUUUCUGAUGUUUUCCCUAGAGCUUCUCAUUGUCUUUGCUUAUCACAUAUAAUGCAAAAGAUUCCAGAAAAUUUGGGAGGAUUGUUCGAGUAUGAAGCAAUUAAAGAAUCUUUUAGUAGAGCAGUUUACUACUCUCUGAGGGUGGAGGAAUUUGAAGCAGCUUGGGAGGAUAUGGUCCAGCACCAUGGAAUUAGGGAUCAUAAAUGGCUUCAAGCAUUAUUUGACGAUCGGAAGCGGUGGGUUCCAGUAUAUUUGAAGGAUAUAUUUUUGGCAGGGAUGUCCCCUGUGCAACCAGGUGAGGUUGUCUCUUCAUACUUCAAAGAAUUUCUUCAUAAAGAUACUCCUUUAAAGGAAUUUUUAGAUAAGUAUGAUCAAGCUCUGCAAACGCAUCAUCGGCUGGAAGCCUUGGCAGAUUUGGAUUCAAGAAAUUCGAGUUAUAUGUUGAAGUCAAGAUGCUAUUUUGAGUUGCAACUCUCCAAAGUGUACACGAAUGACAUUCUUAGGAAGUUUGAAUCGGAGGUAGAAGGAAUGUACUCUUGUUUCAGCACUAGUCAGUUAAAUCCUGAUGGGCCAGUCAUAACAUACAUAGUGAAGGAACAAACUGAAGUUGAUGGAAAUAGGAGAGAGGUGAGAGACCAUGAGGUUUUGUAUAAUCCAUCUGAGAUGGAGGUCCUUUGCAUCUGUGGCAUGUUCAACUUGAGGGGAUAUUUGUGCAGGCACGCACUAUCAGUCCUUAACCAAAAUGGCGUGGAGGAGAUCCCGACUCAAUACGUCCUUUCGCGAUGGAGAAAGGAUAUUAAACGCAAUUACAUUUUUGAUCAUAGCUGCAGUGGCAUUGACAUUAAUAACCCAGUUCACAGGUAUGACCAUUUGUAUAAAUGCAUUGUGCAAGUUGUGGAAGAAGGGAGGAAAUCACAAGACCGAUACAAGGUUGCAUUCGGGGCUUUGGAUGAGAUAUUGAAUAAGCUUUGUCUUACAGAGGAUCCUGCCCUGUAAGUGAGAAAUUAUGUACAGAAUGAAUGGUGUAACACAUAACAUUAAGGCACCACCUCUUUGUAGCUGGAAAUUUAUGUACAAUUUCUGUCAUUUUU